AACUAACAAUCACCAAAGACACCGACAUGGAAGAAGUUCUCCAAAGCCAGGAAAUAACAGACAUGGAUGAAGGAUUAGAUAUAGAGCAACCCUACACAAAAAUAGAUAAAGGCAAAGGCAAAAACAUCAUUAAUCAAGAAUAUAGUUCCACAGACAAAGAUCAACAAAUUACAAGAAAAGAUAAUACUACCACAGAACAUACCAGACUCACAAAAAUUGCCAUAGAUCCUGAAAAAAUUCCAGGAGUCACCCCAACAAAUAAACUUCAAUAUAUUAAAAAGAAAGUGGCCAAAAUCUCCUUAUACAAAUACACAAAAUAUAAAAAUUACACAGGAAAAAAAAUAUUGAUGGCACUUUUCGGAAAACAUGAUGAAGCAGAACAGGCAUGUACAAUUCCGCUCAUAAAAGGAGGCAAUAUCUUCUUCAAAAAAGUCCAAGCUACAGAUAUAAAGAAAGCACUCUCAUGCACAAUUUGCAUCUGGGACAUUCCUACAGAUCUUACCAAAAAAAACAUAGCAACAGCACUGACUAAUUACAGACUGAUCAAUCAAAUCACAAUCCAACAGGCCAAUUCCUGUUUGUCGAGUACUGUUACAUUACACAACAUGGAUGACUAUCAAGAACUUAACCAAAAAUGGUCCAUCUCUUACAAAAACUAUCACAUAAGAAUUUUCCCAUACUUUGGAACAAGGGAAGCAAAAGAGAACAGGAACAAGUACACAGCCACGAUUGCAAACCUCCUUGAAAACAUCACAGCAAAAAAUCUAGAGCACAUUAUCAAACAGGUCAAUGCACAAACAUGCUAUAUUCCCAAAAAAGAUGACAAUAACUAUAAAAGACUAGCCAUAUUUGCAUUUCACAACCAAAAAGACAGAAAACAAGCAACCAAUCAAAACUUCCAGGUCAAAGGACAUGACAUUACAUGGAAAAUAUAUAACCCCAACAUAUCCAAAUCAACUCAAUCUACCUUUGUAUAUAUGAAAAAGCUCAACAAGAAGCUACACGGAACAGAAAUAAAAGAAAGACAUAAAGAAGUAAAACUUUUAGACAAUAGAAUCAGCUACUUAGAAACAGAUAUAGCCAACAGAUACUUUGAUGAGAUGGAACAAAUAGAAGAGGACCUACAAGCAACAACAAUGGAAAACAUGAACACUAACAACAACUCAGACCUUAUAGAAGCACAAGUCCAAAUUAACCAAAAAAUCAACAAGAUGGAUGAAACGAUAGAAAAACUCAUCAACACAUUUAUACUAUUAUCAAACACUCCUCCUGCAAACAGUACGCACAACAUUCCAACUACUUUCACCCAAUGA